AGGAAGACCAUACCUUCCGGGCGAGCAGCCGUCGGAUUAGAUUUUCGGGUCGGACACCCCUCAGCUUGCGCAGGUGGCAGCGGUGACCCUAAAGCGGGUAAGCGGUCAGGGCAGGACGCAAGCGACAAGCAAAAUAUUCCGCGAUAGAAACAACCUGUUUUCAGAUAUACACCGCGGGGCCAGGCUGGGACGGCCGCGCACCAAGAAAGGACCUGACCCCUUCUCCAAAAUAAAUCUAGAGACCCUGGCAGCGGUGGGGACCAGAAAGGCGGCUAUCAGUCAUUGGAUACUGGGGACCCCUGGAUAGUGUUGGCCGAGGACUUGGGGCCCCCGUGGCCCUUGGCCUUUAAGAACCCCUUAAUUCUUGCUGGCACCCCCCACCCUCGGUCAUGGCUAAAUGGUUCAAAGACCUGCCGCUGACUCUGAAAAAUGUUUCGGACAGAGCCAAGCCUGGGCUCCCGGGGACCAAAACCCUGCCCAAAGUGGGAGCCUCUCGCAAAAACUCGUGCGACCCGGCGGGCCCCACGACGAAGAACCGGAAGAAUUCCUCCUCCGAGGGCCACGCCAAGGGCCUCAAGGACAGCCGGUUAUCCCGGGAGAGUCUGCAAAGCCUCCUGCCUGGUAAGAGUCGGAAAAACUCAAAGGAUGAAACUGGUGGGCUCCGGGCCCCUAAGGGCCACAGCGUGUACAUAAACCGCCUUAUCAGAGUGGACCCGAGCCUACUGGAGAAGAAUGGGCGCAACUUCCAAGGGGCGGAAGAGCAGCAGGUGGGACACGGUCAGGACCAGGAGCGGAGCCCCAAGGAGGAGACUAUCAUUAUCCUGGAUGAUUACGCCGACCCUUUCGAUGCCAAGCGCACCAAGGGACAGCGUGACGCCGAGCGCGUUGGCGAGAAUGAUGGCUACAUGGAACCGUACGAUGCCCAGCAGAUUAUAACGGAGAUUCGCCGCCGAGGGUCCAAGGAUCAGCUGACCGCAGACCUUCACUUACUCGAGUUGAGCUCCUUAGGCGAGGUCAAGGCCGACCCCAAAAAGUCAGGGUCCCAAGAAACGCAGGCGAAGCCUCCGCAGCUGUACGACACGCCGUACGAGCCCCCGGAGGCAGGAGAGGCGGAAGGGCAGGAGAAGAAACAGAGGGCGGUGGAAGGAGCGCGUCCCGAGAACGACGAGAGGCCGGCCGGGGAGUACGAGCAGCCCUGGGAAUGGAAGAAGGAACACAUCGUCAGGGCGCUGUCAGUUCAGUUUGAGAGCAGCGAGAGGUCGUCCGGUAAGGAGGACGUGGUCCGAAUCCACCAGCGACAGAAGAGCUGGACGCCAAAGGUUCUGAAGCAGCAGGAGCAAUGUGACAAGGUGGACCCCGCGCUGCCGCUGGAGAAGCAGAGCUGGUACCACGGAUCGGUGACGCGCGCCGAGGCAGAGAGCCGGCUGCAGUCCUGUCGAGAAGCCAGUUACUUGCUGCGCAACAGCGAGUCCGGUAACAGCAAGUACUCCAUCGCCCUCAAGACCAGCCAGGGCUGCGUUCACAUCAUCGUCGCCCAAACCAAGGACAACAAGUUCACGCUGAAUCAGACGGGCGGCGUGUUCGGCAGCAUCCCGGAGCUCGUUCACCACUACUCCAGCCAACAGCUUCCCUUCAAAGACGCCGAACACAUGAGUCUCCUGUACCCGGUGCACAGCAGGCUGCACUGAGUCGCUCAGGGCCUGGACGACUCGGAUCUAAUGGUCCCAUCACCAACACGGGGUCUGCCUCCCUCUGGCGCCCGCUUGCCCAGUACGGGUUUGCCAAGCAGCAUAUAAUAGUUUGUCUUAUUGCCUCGCGACCUCCCGGAUGCCCUUUUAUGUUGU